AUGGCCAGUGUUACGGUGCCUCCAGGGGUCAUCUGCACACCGGAGGAAUACGCGCGAGCUGCUACGGACCCAUUGAUUCACUGUUUAACGCGUGGUCAGAGCAUUGGCUUGACGGUUAUCGUUGAAUCUGGUCUACUCUCACUCAUCGCCGUUUCCUACGUAUUUCUGAUCAUCAUCCGGAAUCUCAUCUGGCGCUUUCGCCAUGUGUCCAGGGAAAGGUUUCGGGUUUUUCAUCAACCUAUGGACAAUUUAAUGUUUUCUUUAUUUCUCGCCGAUAUUUUACAAGCUAUUGGGGCUGUUAUGGACAUCAAAUGGAUUCAGGAAGGAAAGGUGGAGGCUGGGGGGUUUUGCGAUGCCCAAGGGAUAAUUCAACACGUCGGAGAGACGGGCGUGGCUAUGACUACCCUCGCCAUAGCCGUGUACACGUUUCUUGGCGUCUGGGUGGGCAAGACCAUACGCUCCAUUCCGAUUACUAGAGCAGUCCUCGCGCUAAUAUGGGGAUUCCUCGCACUCAUCGUAAUUGUCGGAAACACUGUCAACACCGGCCCAGGCAAGCCACGGUUUGAGACACCAACUCCCGUAAGUGCCAUCCCUUUCCAUCUGCCCCUUCCACCUGGUACUGAGCUUGCGCCUGUGAUCAUCUCCCGCCCGCAGUAUUGGUGCUGGAUCAGUAGUCACUACCUACUGUGGCGCAUCUUCGCCGAGUAUAUUUGGUUCUGGAUUACGCUCGCUUUCUCCAUCUUUGUCUACAUCCCGCUCUACUUCUGGGUCCGAGGCAACAUCGUUAUCCACGACCCCGCGUGGUGGCGCUUCCAUUUUCAGCACGCAGACAAGUCCGACCCCGAGCUCCGCCGGCGCCGUCGCCAGUCGCUGGUCAUGGCCGCGUACCCGCUCGUGUACUGCAUCUCCAUCCUCCCCCUCAGCGUCGCGCGGUGGAUUGGCUUUGUUCAGGAGGGCAGGGGUGAUAGGAAGAACCACGUCCCGCCUGCUGCGACUUUCCUGGCGGUGGCGAUUUAUAACCUCAGUGGGUUCGGGAACGUAAUUCUCCUGCUUACGACAAAGCCAGAUGCGGAGCUGUUUGGACGGCCUACAAAUUUCGCCUCGGGACGCGCGCCGUCGCCUUUACUCCCUUCUGACGCGUCGGCGCUCUCCGCGACAGUGAGGAGGAGCGAAGGCUUAGAUGCACAGUCAAGUUCAAUAGAGCCUCGGAAGAAGCUAAAAGGUGAGGAAGAGGGGGAAGAGCUCGGUCGUUUGCCUUCACGAUCUUCGGGCUGGGAUUCAGGGAGAGGGUAA